AUGGGAUUAUUUAACUCUAUUCCUAAGCGUAUUAAAGAACUUCAUUUUUCAAAAGAUCUUUCAACUCUAUUCAACUCAGCUAGGAUUAGGAGUGAUUUCCCAUAUACAAUAUUUUAUUUAGGAAAUACAACCUGUUAUAAAGCAGAACCAGCAUCAGAUUUACCAUUUUAUUUCUUAGUAACGAAAGAAAACGAGGUGCAUGCAUUAACAUACGAUAUUUCUGUUCCAAUGUCUCAUCAUUCGUUACAAAUUGAAGAAGAAGUCAUUCAUGUCGCAAAAUUGCAAAAUAGUAUUCACGCACUUACACUUAAAUCAGGUAAAAUAGCAGUUAUUACAAAUUAUGCAGACAAAUUCGAAAGAAAAGAUUAUUUCGUUAAAAACGCAUAUAUUUCACUUCCUUUAGAUGAAACUCAAUUCCUUUCAGUUGGAACUGACUACUCGAUUGUGCGAGUUCCUUUUUCAGGCGAAAUUUCCUACGCAAUGCAACCAAUUCGAAAUAUCUCAGAGCCACCGAUAGAUGCUCUAGUUGUUCCUACAAAUCCUCAACUAGUGGCCCUAAUAUCAGAUAAAAUCUUAAUCGUUUGUUCUUUGGGACAUUAUGGAGUUACAACUUACCCAAAUCUUGGCGAAGGGUUUGUUAAACUCGGCGUAAUUAAUCCAAACUCACUACUCGUACUCGCCGACAAAGGAAAAUGCAUCUAUUUUAUUAAAUUAACAAUUGAAGGCAAACUUGAAGGCGAAAAGACCAAAAUACCACCAAGCGGGUUCCCAGAACCGAUGACAAUGUUCGAAACCCACGACAGAACGUUCUCAGACCCUCCAAUGAAAGGUAAUGUUUCACUUGCUUAUUUAUGCAACGGAAAAUCAAUUACGUGCAUCGAUUCCAACAUGUUUUUCAUGCAAUACCAGCUACCAGAAGACAAGACAGCUACUCACAUCUUCCAAUUGAACUCAAUUCCACAUAAUAUUUUGUUGGUUGCUUGUAAUGAUGGCAGUGUUAUACUUAUAAGGCUCUCGCAGGAUAGAGGUGCCAAUACUGUUGGUUCUUUCUACCAUUACGAGCUUCAGAACCUUCACAACGCGCCAAUAAAAUACAUUCACUCAGCAAUUCCAAUUAUGUUCAUGACAAUAGACGAAAACAACAAAACUGUUGCAUGGGAAAGCUUCCCCAACUGGUGGUGGGCUCCAAACUACUUUGACAUGUUCAAAGGCGUUAUUAACGAGGGAGAGAGCAAUGACAGCAUGGCAGAUACUGUUUAA